UUGGGUCAGUUCACGUCGUGUUUUAAGUGCGAGAACGCGAGUAAAAGUUUAAAUUGGGCAAAGGCUAUUUCGGUUUUUCGCAGGUUGGUCCGCAGUUUUGUAACGCAUGGCGAUUCGAUAGCCUUAAGCACCAAAUUGCGCUGAAGGAUUCAUCAUUCUGCUGUCCAGUAUUGUGUUUCAACCAUUAUAGAGCUGAAUAUAUAUUUAUAUAUUUUGUGGGGGUUGGUGCGGGAUGUCCUGCAAAUCUGAGACCCUGGGAUGCAGCCCGUUAAGCCCCUGCAUUAAUCCAGCCACGCAAUAUCUCUCGUGUCACUUCCGCAUUCAUGCACUCCCCUGUUUUGCCUUUCCUAGACUCUACACUCCGGUCGUGGUUUUCUUUGUGUUGUUUGUUCUUGUAACGUUCAUAGCUCAUCGGAUUUCCCCCAGCCUAAACAAAUAUUCCGAUUCUGUUUUUUGUGCUCACAAUCUUUUUUUUUCUAUUCUUUAUUUCGCAGAGCCCCCAGAAGUCGCGCACCUGCAUGUUGGUGGGGGCACGCGGCAAGCAUGACGAACGGUUCCAACUGCACGCUGAACGAGAGCUACAAAUUCAUCUACCUGCCGGUCGCCUACUCCGUCAGCGCCUUCUUCGGCAUCAUCUUCAACGGCUUCAUCUUCUGCCGCCUCGUUUGCAAGAAGAAGAAAAAGCUGAACUCGAGCUCGCUGUUCACGGUGAACCUGGCGGCAACGGACUUCCUGUACGCUAUGUCGCUCGUCUUCCUCAUCCACAGCUACGUCGUUCACGACAAUUGGGUAUUCAAGGACUUUAUGUGCCGCCUAGUGCGCUUCAUGUUCUACUUCAACCUGAACGUCAGCGUCCUCUUCCUCACGGCCAUAAGCCUGUACCGAUACCUGGGCAUCUGCCACCCGAUGUCCACCUUGCGGUGGCAGAGGAGAAAGGUCGCCAUCGGCAUAUGCGCGUUCGUGUGGGUGGUCACGAUCGCAGAGUCGGUGCCGACGCUAUAUUUCAGCGGCGUUACGCUGACCUCACGCCAAGAGGAAUGCUGGGACUUCAAACCGAACAGUUCGUUGCAGGACAAGCCCUACAGCGUCACGGUCAUCUUCACGGGCUUCGUGUUUCCAUUUAUUGUCACCUUGGUCUUCUACUCCUGCAUCAUCCACACCUUGAAAAACUCCUUAUCGCUGGGCAGCGUCCGGCAGGACGUCAAGCGUGUGAACGCCAUCCGCACUAUCAUCGUCGUCCUCGUUAUUUUCAUCAUCUGUCACCUGCCGUACAACAUCAGCAAGCUGGUCUUCUUCUUCUCCGGCGGGAACAGCUUGACGUGCGAGGCCGACGCACUGGUGAAAACGUACAAAUCGAUGCGAGGCCUUGUCAGCCUCAACUGCGCCCUCAACCCCAUUGUGUACUUUGUGAAACAGAGAAAGUCGUGCAGGGACAGUCACGUGAAAACCCGGACAGUUUUCGCGACCAUCUCGAGCAACGCCAAAAAUAUAUUUCCCUCCCUUUGGCAGGACGAACGAAAUCCAAACGAAACCAACUGACACCAUGUGGACCGGUAAAGGUCCAGCAACAACUGAUUUAACGUCGCGGCGUAUGGAAAUUAACUUCCACGGUACAGUGACAUUACGAGUUGUAUUCCCGGUCAAGAUACAAGAACAACAACAAUCGCCAUUCGCCACUAAGUGGCGGUGACGUCACCACGACG